AUGGCUGGGGACGCGCGCGCGCUCCGACGGGCGUUCGCGGAGCUCCAACGUGGGCGGUACGCGACGACGGGACGAUUGAUGACGGCGCGGGACGUCGAGGAGGUUUUAAACGGUGUCGACGCGCGUGGGAUGACGCUCAUGGAGCUGGCGUCGAUGGCGGAGCGUUUGGACGCGCAUCGGUGGUUGAGUGAACGCGUGGGGACGCGCGCGAUGGGGACGAUUGGUGAUUCAGACGUGUCGGUUACGGGACGGGACGCGGCGGACGCGUUCGAGGAGAGAUUGCGAGACGAACACGCGUUGGAGGACGGGCACGGGCGAUUGGAGGCUUUGGAGGAGGUGGAUGGCGCGAUUGAUCCGGGAGAGAGCGGGCGGGGAGGGGUGUUGGGCGAUGAGAAUCAUCGCGCGAGCGUGUGGGCGGAGGCGAGUCGACGAAGACGCGCGCGAGAAGACGAUUCGGGCGAUGUGCGACGGGUGAAGAAGAGAGAGCGCGAGAAAGAGAGUGAGAAUAGACGCGAAGCGGAGCGGCGACGAUUGGAGGCGCUGCGAGCGGAGGACGCAAGAUGGCGGGCGAGUCUGGAGGUGACGACGGAGCCGAAAUCGAGCGCCGCGCGGACGACGGAGGAGUACAGGAAAAAAUGGGCAAAGUUGGAGCGCGCGGCGAGAAAGGGGAAGACGCACGAGUUGAGCGUCGAAGAUUUUCCGUUCGUGGACGAAUCGAAGAUGUCGCCGGCGAGCGUUUUGAGAGAUUUUCUCAUCGUCGACGUACCGAGCGGGAACGAGCGAGCGCAGCUUCGAGAGGAAAUGUUGCGUUGGCACCCCGACAAGUUUGCAAAGUAUCUCGAUUUAGCGGUGCGAGAAGAGUUGCAAGACGUCGUCGAGCGCGUGAACGCGACGAGUCAGGCGGUGAGAGAGGCGUUCAAGGCUUUCGUCGUCGCGCCUUCGUAG